AUGAUCAAAUUUGCUGAUAUAUGGAUAUCAGACAUUGCACCUAUGUCAAGGGCAAUACUAGAAAUAAACAAGGAGUAUUCAAAUAACUUUAAUGUUCAAUGGAAUGGGUUGAAUGGUUUUGAGAUUAGUGAUGGUCAGUGCUCAUUUGUUUUUGACUUGGAGAAGAAGCAUUGUGACUGUAGGUUGUGGAUGUUGAGGGGUAUUCCUUGCCCUCAUGCUAUUUGUGCUUAUUAUUACUUGAAUCAAGAUCAUGAUCAACAUGUAGAGAACUGGUGUAUGAAGGAAACAUUUCUCAAUGCUCACAGCAAUUUCAUCCAAUCUAUUCCACAUAUGAGGAUGUGGCCUAAUACUACAAACCCAUCAAUAAAUCCUCCAAAACCAAGAAAAAUGCCAGGCAGACCUGGCAAGAAGAGAAGAAAGAGUAAGGAUGAGCCAAAAAAUGAAGAAAAAGAGUAA